AAAAAUAGUAACUAAAUGAAAGGUAGCGGCACAGAUAAACACACUGAAGUCAUCACCAUAUUUGUUUUAUCAGAAACUCUUUUCACGAGGACUUUGGAGAAGUAGGUUUUUAGUUAAUUAUAAUCUUUUGGUUGCCUUUAUCCUGGUGUACGGAUCGUCGUUUUUGAAUACAAGAUGGAGACUAAUCAAGAGGUGAUAAAUGUUGAUGAAGCACAGCAGAAUGCGGCACUGGGGCAGUUCCUAGCAAUGCUUGGUGAAGAUAACAUGCCAUAUGGCUUUCAGAAUGAUAUUGCAGCUGUGGCGGAAGCAGGUAUCAUUGAAACUCCCAGUGUUCAAAACGAUGACGAUUGUUGCGACAUGGUCUUAGCCAUGAGUCCACCAGAUCUAAGUCAACAGCAAAUGGCAAGUCAAAUAGAAAUGUCUGUACACCUUGAGGUCCUUCAGAACAUGCUGAAACAAGCAGAAGUUGAAAUGCAAAGUUCGCCGACUUAUCCAGCUCAAAGCAUGGACGCCAUGUAUCUACAACCAUCUGCCCAAUCACCACACAUGUACGAAGCACAAAACCACCAAGAUUUUUCCAAUUUAUUACAAGAAGAAAUGCCACAAGCAGUUCCCGUCCAGAAUCCGUCAGCCAUGAUAUCUGGUGUCGUACCAGUCAACAACAUGAUCGGCACUAUUGAUCAAUCACAGCUCCAGGAUAUUUCAUCGGAGCAACCUAUGACCGUUGACCCGGUCGUUCCUCAACAAGAAAAUGAACCUCAGGAAAGUUCACCCCCGGCAAGGGCAGACCUCAAGAAGGACAAGGAAGGUCAUGCGUCAAAUAAAGAGGAAGUUCCAGCACUACCUGAUUACCGGGAACUGUUGAUUCGAAUCCGUUACCGAUCUCAAGAGGUCGUCAGAGAACACAUCAAGAACCCACAUGGCUGUCUCGUCUACUACAAUAAACCAUGGCAGUUCAAUACUGACGGCGCUUUCCCCGCAGGAGUGGAGUUCCCAAAUAUUACAGACGAUCAGCGAACGGAAAUGACUGAUAGUCAGUACAAGUUUACAGACCAUGUCUUGCAGGCUCUGGAGAAGGGUUUGCUACUGCAAUGUGAUGACUAUGGUAACAUCUACGCAACACGUUACUGCCGGAGUAAAAUCUUUUGGUGCAGUACAGAGAAAGGCCCGAUUGCCGACUCUCAAAUGUCCAAUCUUACUCUUCAGAAGCUGGAACGAAACCAACCGGUCAUGGUGUUUGAUAGCAGCCUGUUCCAGCAGCGCCUCCUGCACUACGUCGUCAACAAACCAACAUUUAAGCACGAGGCCGGGAAACUUCCGAAGAACAGACACAAAAUACCCGUUAGUCCGGCCGUAUUCUUUACUUUUGCGCAGUCGUGGAAUCCGAUGAACAGCGCCCUCAGUAGCUGCUUGGUGUCGAUGGUGGUGAACCCUGUACGAGCGAGAAUGCAGCGCCAGUGGGGCAACGAAGACAUGCAUGAAUCCUAUGAUAUUAGUAAUUACAGACUACAGAUCUCGAGUGAUAUGAUUGCAGCGUCAUCAGCAGGGAAAUGAAUAUAUGAACGAGUCUUAUGAUGUUAGUUAUAUAAGCCAUUUGCGUGUUAAAUUUGAAUACUGUCUGGUACAAUGACGUGCUUGAUCACAAGUUACCACUUAAAUUUGAAUACCUCAGACUAUCCAGACAGUUGCUAUGUCAGAUGAUUAAGGGCAAUCUUUAGCUUAGUUACUUAAGUGGACACCCAUACACAAUUCUGAAUGGAUGUGUAUGGCUCAAUGGUACCAGGGUUUGCUCUUUUUGAGGUUGCUAUACA